UUUGCAGUUGCACAUGCGCACCGUUUGCGCCGUAGUAUAUAGUUCUGAUCGCGGCCUGAGGAGAAGUAUUACUAAACGAGUUUUUCAGCGAAAGAUAGCUCACCCUGUACGUCGCAUGAACGAAUAAUCAUCUGCUGGAGUAUUUCUCCCAUGCAUUCGUGAAGUCGCCUGCUUUCUUUCGAAAGUUCGCUUUUCCUGAUUGCGGACUACCGGCUAUCAAGCAUCAUGCACCUUUAGGUUUUAUUGAACCAAUACCUGACUGUAAGUUAGUUAGAGUGUAAAUGAUUUUAAAAAUAGUAUUCAGGCUUUGUAAAGUCAAGAUCGUGCUCCUGAUAUCAAUGAGGGGUCACGAGAGAUCACAAUCCACGGUGUGUCAUUACAACGCACGUAUCAUGGGACAACUAAAGUAAACCUAUACAGUAAGAUAACAAAUGACGUAGUGGCGUUUUCCCACUGAAUUAAAGUUGAGUAGAAAUAAUCUUCAAUAUACACGAUGGCGAGCAACAAACAAGACGUCGAGGUGGUUAGUGCGUCCGAAGAUCUUGGUACGACUGGAAUGACGUUGCUCACUUCCGAAAACGCCACCGCCAGCUCUGGCGUACAAUGGAACGAACAAUUGGCCCAAAUUGAAGUUACUGUAUUAUGUAUUAUAUUUGUUCUGACUAUACUUGGUAAUUCUAUUGUUAUCAUUGCGCUCUGGCGAUUUCGACGAAACUUCACACGUAUGCACUAUUUUAUCGUGCACUUGUGUCUGGCCGAUUUACUUGUCGCUCUUUUCAAUAUCUUACCGCAGAUUAUUAUGGAUGCUACUAGAUCAUUUAUGGCGCCAGAUUUUAUUUGUCGUUUUGUCAUGUUUGGACAAGUGUUCCCGAUAUACCUGUCGACAUAUAUGCUUGUGAUGAUGUCUGUUGAUCGCUACCUUGCUAUAUGUUAUCCAAUGGCUGCUUUACGCGGGAAUAACGAGCGCAGGUCACGUCUAAUGGUCAUGUUAGCUUGGUCCAUUUCAUUUGUAUUUGCUCUACCGCAGCUUGCACUGUUCCAUUUGGAAUCAACUGGUCACCAGAAUGAAUGUAAUGAAAAGUUUAAGAGUGAUAAAGGCUCAUUAGCUUAUAUGUUGAUGGUAUUUUCGAUAGUCUAUUUAAUUCCAGUAAUUAUCAUCAUUAGCUGCUACGUCCGCAUUACGGUGACAAUUUGGAGGAACGUUAUUGGCCUUAAAGGGUUAAAGGAGAAAGAUUGUGAAGAAGGUGGAGAGAAGCAGGAACAUAGGAGACCCUUCAUUGCGAGAACCAAGCAUACGACUAAUCUGGACACCGGAUCUGCGCGAUUGGAAAACAGCAGGCGACACAACGCGGGGAGGUCAAUUUCCCGCGCAAAAACUAAAACCGUCAAAAUGGCAGUGGUGAUUGUUGCUCUAUACAUUAUCUGCUGGUCGCCUCAGUUUGUGUGUCAACUUUGGUUCUCGUUAGCCCCUCAAAAUGCUCCAGUAAAUAGUGAACCGUUUGUUAUCAUCUUACUGCUUGCAAGCCUUAACAGCUGUACAAACCCCUGGGUAUAUUUGUCGUUCAGUGGAAACGCCAUCUCUGAUUUAAAGAAGCGUCUAUUCAUAUAUUUGGGUUUGACCAACCAGAAGACGAAUAUGCAGAGCAAGCGAAUUCGCACGACGACGCCGAGUUCAACCGUCCCGCAGACCGUGAGCUUGUCGACGAUACGUCUCAACAACAAGAAGUACGAUUCACUAAACAAAGCGACCAACGUUGAAACAACAACAUAUGAGUGAAAUACAGUUGAGCCUAUAGUUAUAACAUGAAAGUAUUUAUUAUACUGUACUUCAACAAUAGUUAAUAGGCCUAUGCCUUCUUUGAGUGAUGUCAAGUUUAUUUACUGUUUAAAAAAACAUACACAUGCUACCUGGUCUAUACCGUAACGCACAUAAGAGUUGGUACUAUAAGGCGGUACUCUGCCGAUAUAAUGUGUUUUACUUCGUGUGAGAUACUCUGUUUCGUUAUUUGAGGUUUAGUAUUAGGCCUAUUCGUCACAGUUUUCGUAACAAGUAAAACGUUCGAAGAAGCAUCGUGGUACCUGCCACAACUCGACGCUUCAUGGUAAAAAUGACUA